UUCUUUAUAUCUCACAGUAAUUAAAAAGAUCCCAUCAACACAAAAAUGGCGUCCCUGAGACGAGCUCUGAUCAAUGCCCACCGCCUCCUUAAUUCUUCCGCCACACCUUGCCGGAGCUCCAUCACUUCUUCCUCUCCCAUCCGCAUUCAAUCUCCUUUCAGGUCUGAAUACGGUUGGAUUUCACGUUAUUCUACCGUUAGUGAUAAUGAUACCAUUGAUCUCUCCAAUGAGGAAAACAAACGCCGCUUGUGUAACAGAUUGUUGUACAGGAGCAAACAGAGAGGGUUCUUGGAGCUGGACUUGGUUCUUGGAAAAUGGGUUGAAGAGCAUAUUGAGUCCAUGGAUGAGCAUGGAGUUAAAGCUUUAAUUCAUGUCCUUGACGUUGAAAAUCCGGAUCUUUGGAAAUGGUUAACUGGUCAGGAGCAACCCCCUGAGGCAUUGAAUAUGAAUCCGGUAUUCUCUGCAGUGCGUGAUAAGGUUAUGAACAACCUAAACAACCACACUUCUCCGGAGACGCGUGCAAUACCUGGACAGCCAUGGGUGAGAGGAUGGGAUGAUAUAAAGAAAUAUCCGGGCAACCCUGUCGCUGGAAAUCAGUAGCUGUCCUCCUCAUCAUAACCUUGGAGGUUUCGGGUUGAUCAUUUGUAACAUAUGGAAUAAAAACAAUAAUAUGAUAUAUAUAAUUGUCAUUUCUUUCUAUACUCCCUGCAUGUAAUAGUUAUCAAUAGCGGCUAGCUAUAGUAAACAAAUAAAUUCAACAGCUAUACACGGGUUUUUGAUUUU